GGGAGGAUAAAAUCGGCAAAGAAAGGGAAAAAAAAGAAAAAGCAAGAACGAGAAAUGUAAAAUAGAAAAACAGAAGCGAUCCGCACAGUAGCUGCAAAUGGGUAGCCGAAUAUCAUCAUCUGGAAACCCCAUGACUCCCAUCAAUAGCCUAUAACGAACGAUGGGUUCAGAGCUAGGGCACUCGGAGAAUUUUCAGAGUAGUUCGAGGUAUGUGGCAACGUGGUUGAUCGGAGGUGUGAUUUUAGGGGCAUCGAUUCUGGGAUUAUACUUUGUGUCACCGCAGUCUCAGUUAGGGUUAUGGAGGAGGAAGAAGAAGAAGAGGCCGGUAAGGGUGUACAUGGAUGGUUGCUUCGACAUGAUGCACUACGGCCACUGCAACGCCCUCCGUCAGGCUCGAGCCCUCGGCGACCAAUUGGUUGUCGGAGUCGUUAGUGACGCCGAAAUCACUGCUAACAAAGGCCCUCCCGUUACUCCUCUUCACGAGAGGAUGAUUAUGGUCAGUGCUGUGAAGUGGGUGGACGAGGUCAUUUCUGAUGCACCUUAUGCUAUAACUGAAGAUUUUAUGAAGAAGCUAUUUGAUGAGUAUGAUAUAGAUUAUAUUAUUCAUGGGGAUGAUCCGUGUAUUCUCCCUGAUGGAACCGACGCUUAUGCCCUUGCUAAGAAGGCUGGACGAUAUAAGCAGAUCAAACGCACAGAAGGAGUCUCAAGCACUGACAUUGUUGGUCGUAUGCUUCUUUGUGUGAGAGAGAGGUCAACUAGUGACAGCAGUAAUCAUUCUUCUCUGCAAAGACAAUUCAGCCAUGGUCACAGCCAAAAAUCUGAAGAUGGCGGAUCUGGAACUCGCAUUUCUCAUUUUCUGCCUACAUCUCGCAGAAUUGUGCAAUUCUCUAAUGGGAAGGGGCCCGGACCAGAUGCUCGCAUAGUUUAUAUAGAUGGUGCAUUUGAUCUUUUUCAUGCUGGACAUGUUGAGAUAUUGAGGCUUGCCAGGGGCCUUGGAGAUUUUUUACUUGUUGGGAUUCACCCAGAUCAAACUGUCAGUGCUAAUAGAGGAGCACACCGCCCAAUUAUGAAUCUUCAUGAAAGGAGCUUAAGCGUCUUGGCUUGCCGUUACGUAGAUGAGGUGAUAAUUGGCUGCCCCCUGGAAAUUUCAAAAGACAUGAUUACAACCUUCAAUAUCUCUUUAGUAGUCCAUGGGACAGUAGCAGAAGAUAAUUUUCAGGAAAACCAAACCCCAUAUGAUGUUCCAAUCAGUAUGGGUAUCUUUAAACUGUUGGAAAGUCCUCUGGAUAUCACAACUACUACAAUUAUACGGAGGAUUGUAUCAAAUCACGAGGCGUAUCAGAAACGCAAUGAGAGGAAGUCAGAAAGUGAGAGAAGAUAUUAUGAGGAUAAGGCUUUUGUGUCUGGUGAUUAAUUGGCUUCAGAAGAUGUUGAGUACAUUCAUGAGCAAUCUGUUCAGUAUGUAUCUUCUUAGCCAUUUGAUUUUGAAGAAUAUGGACGGUUUUAUUCCUUUACAUUCCAUCACAGGUUACUGCAGUAGGGCAGGUGAUAGCACGUGGUCGAGAUCAUUUUGCUAACACAAAUAUUUGUAUUUGUAUUUUUUAUUCUCUUUUUUAGAAUUGAGUAUUAGUAAAACCACUUUUGAGUAAAAAAGCAUGAUCAUAGCAGACAGAUUACAUGAUAGUUGGCUUUUUGUCUCUGUAAGAGAAUAUAUCUAUCCGCAUUAUAUUGCGGGUUAUAUAUCCAAUAUAUAUAGAGAGAAACUUCUUGUUUA